AUGAAAAUUCUUUUCUUAAUCGUUAGAAAAAUUAUUUUCAUUUCAUUUCUUCAACUUUCAACAGCAUCUAUUAUAGAUUAUUCUUAUUCAUCUCAACAAGAUUUAUAUGAUGCUAUUCUUAACACGUUAUUUCCAAUCUUUUUCGUCCUUUUAUUUAAUGUCAGAGGAGAAUCUGGACGUAUUAAGAAAGUGGCAUUACCAUUAAUAGAUGAUAUAUUAUAUAAUCUUAUUACUUGGGCGAUUCCACUAAUAGUUGCUUUUACUUAUGGAGAUACGUUAUCUAUAAAAGUAUUUUCUAUUAUAAACAUGUGUUUACAUGUAUUUUGUGCUGUAUACGCAAUAAUUAAGCAUGAAACAAUUAAAGGGUCUAAAGGAAAAGCUUACUCCGAAAUUAUUUUUUGGUUUUUAGUCCUUUUUCCUGUAAUAGUUAUUCCAGCAUUUUGGAUUAUUGUUAUCAUUAAUGAACAUCCUCUAGAUUCAAUUAGUUUAACAUUUCUUAUAUUAUUUGGAAAUUCUUCUUACUUUACUGAUAACGUUCCUGAUGAUUUUCUGGCUACUUCAACUGCAAUAACUCAGCUUAUGGUGCGGAAUGUAUUAUCGACAGAGAAUUAUAUGAAAACUGAAGAAUCAUCGAGUUGA